UCUGCCGCAGUCCCGUGUCUCCCCUCACACACACACUCUCCCCCUUCCAUCCCUCUCCUUUCCAUCUCAACUGCAGCCGCAGGCCUCCUCUCCCACCAUUACCCCUAUUCCACUAGACCUGGCCUCCCCUCUCCCAGCCCGACCGACCCACACACACCAGCCUCACCUCCCCUCAUUUCAACCACUGGGACGCAUGCGUGUGCAGUCAAUGAGUGCAACAGACACACUGCAGAGCAGGACAUUGGUGGCUAGUGUGACAUUUGGGUCUGGGCUGCGUGGGUCUGGCCCGGAGCGUGGGAGGUGAGAUUCAGCAGCGCUGGACGCGAGUGGUGUAGCUCUGGCUAGCUGUUUAGUGGCCCCUGAGUCGCUACCCUGCAGUGGUGGAUUGAUUAUCGCGACAGAAACGUUCAACCAGCCACAGUUUGCCAUUGACAAUGAGGUUUCUUUGUGAAAAGUGCAGUUUUCAGCAAUUGCCAUACAUCCCGCUGACCAUGUGAAGUCGUAUACUAAUCAAUAAGCUUCGCUGUGGCCUCAGAGCAUGACUCCAGCCGGACCCAGCGGGAAGAAACAGGGUUCUCCUUGCCUGUUGACUCUAGAGUGACUCCCACAUGGGGGCUAACACCAACGAGCCAGUUACCUGACCAUAGGAAAGGAUAGACUAGGUCGGGGAGCACAGAGGGUAGCUUGUCGCAGGUUGGUCGUGGGGCUGGCUGUGGAACAGGUGGUGGGGCUGGCUGUGGAACAGGUCGUAGAGCAGAACGUGAGAUAAAACGUGGAACGUCCUGGAGGGAGGACAUGAACUUCAAGUUGGUCUGGACGCCGUGAGCGGACGCGGGGACUCAUAUCAGCGCCAUGCCGCGACCGUCGUACGCCAGGGUGAGGGCCAAGCGGUACGCCCCGACCAAAUGGGAGAAAACCACCUUCUGGCUCCUUGUGUUGUUUGUCGUGUCUACUGUCACCAUCAUCUCCAAGUCAGGUGUGCAGUACCCGAGAGUUAGCAUCUGGCACUGGAUGACGAGGGAUGAGGAAGACAAAUCACAAGAUGAUGUCCACGAUGUUCAGUUCCAGCAAGACUUUCCCCGCAACAUGACAUGGGAACAGGUGCAGGAGACACGGGUGCGACACAUGGCCCACACAUGCACCUCCCUCAAUCUCAACCAGACUUUGGACUAUGUGGUGCUGAAACACAUCCUAGUUGAUACACGACACAAGGCUCUCAUGUGCUUUGUGCCUAAGGUAGCAUGUACGUCAUGGAAGCGAGUUUGGUUCUGGCUGGCUGAGUCAAGGCGAGAGGAGAUGCUGGGGACAUAUAAGAAAUUCCUUUUCACUCGUCACCCUCUGGACCGUCUUAUCUCUGCAUACAGGGAUAAGCUAGAGAAUUACGACACAGAGAGUAACUUUGACUUCCACAAAUAUGUUGGCCAAGAGGUGGAGAGGAUGGUGAGAGGCAAGGUGACAGGUCUGGGGCACAAUGUGACCUUCCCGGAGUUCAUUAGAUGGGUGACGCCUCCCAAUGGGACGUGGACAGUGGCACAGAAGAAUGAACACUGGCGUCCCAUGGUGGAACUGUGUGCCCCCUGUGCUGUCCAGUAUGAUGCUAUAGGAAGGUAUGAGAACCUACAGCAGGAGAUGAAUGCUACUCUUUACUGGCUGGGGGCUGAGGAGUUCUCAGAGAGAUUUCCUCCACCAGACCGACCCUUCCAUGCAGCUGAAUUUCGCCAGGAGUACCUGAAACAUCUCGCUUCUGGGGACAAGCUACGCUUCCUCAGGACAUAUCUCCUCGACUUUCUCCUCUUUGGAUAUGAUAUGCCUUAACAUGAUAGCCUUUUUUUUUGUCAUAACUUGAUCUCAGAGUUUCCUGUGCGUGGUCUAAAACUACAGUAGUCAUCAUCUUUUUUGUCAAGGGUAGUCGCUACAGUUCAUCAUCAUUUUACUUCCAGUGAUGCAUUUUUAUCCCACUGCAAAAUUCUCCUUUCCUGCAGAUACAAAGUUAACUCGAUUCUUAUACACGUGAACGUACACCCCCAAUUUCAACUUCCCUGUUAAACUAAACAAGCUCGAUCCCCCCCCCAUAUGAAUAGAUUUUGUGAUAAUACGGUAUGACCACAUACUUGUUCAAAGUUAGCAACUCGUGAUAUGACUGUUUCAUGUCUUAAUAAGUUCACAUUAUUACCUUUUGUUUUACCAUGACCAUGUCAUUAAUAUGUCAGGUCAUUAUCAUAUUUUGGCCUUGACAUAAUGAGACUAUCUACUUUGUUAAUAUGAUCAAAGACUGUAAAUUGGUGAUAUAACUAGUGAUCAUCUUUUCUCUUCCACCCGUAAACACUACAUUGUCAUAUUAACUUUCUCAAGGAAUACUGACGGCAUUUUUCCCUCUAACUCAGGCUUUAACAUUUUUGCCUCUCAUGAAAUGCAAUAACUUUUUAUACACUGCAUGAUAUUUGAAUUAUGGAAGUAAAUGAAUGGAAUACGUAACAGUUUGGCUUGUGUCUUGAAGUUCGGUUACGUGCAGAAGGUUGAGCGAAUGUGAACCCAAACAAACAUUGAAACAUGAAGUAAAACAUUUAGUCUUUAGGAGAUGAUAGAAUGUACCUUAAUCAAACUAUGGUACAUACAUUUUAACCUUACUGUUGGAAAAUGCAAUAACCAGCUAAAAUCGAUUGUUAAUAUAUUAAUUUCAAUUUUUUAAUUAGAUAAUUAGUAAUUCAUAAUUUUUGAUCUGCAAUAUGGAUAUAAUCGUGUCUUUUACUUUAUUUUUGCUUUUCCCUGAGGUUACAUUUCAAGCUCUUUCUGUGCAGUGUGCUCUCUACACAGUAUAGUCAAAAACAAGCUGUCAGUAUUCUUGGCUUCAUUCUUUUGCAUUGUAAAGUUAUAAAAAAGAAAGAUUUUAAUAGAGGGAUUUAAAGAGACUUCAGAAUUUAUUGCUAUUCAGUCUUAUAGUAUUGGAGGACAUGGAAAAUAUAGAAAAUAUUUAAAUUGUAUAUUUAUAUGCUUGUUUAUUCAUAUGUAGAAGAGAGAGAUCACCAUAAAAUGACCCACUGGACUAUAUUAUACAGGGGAGUUUGAUGUAAAGCCAGAAUGUUUCUUUAGACCUACUUCCCUCUCCCAUGUCUGAGUCAGUGGUAGAAUCAGAAUGAUGCAUUAUGCCCAUUACCCUCUACAGUGUCAGUGGCCACCCUGGAACAAUGUGUAUGUAUUCCUUCGGCUGGAAUGAUGAUCAAGGCAUGGUUACCAUCGUAGUGAUCAUGGGAAUCACAGGUCCAUAACAAUAAAUGUUAAAGACUGACGAUGUCUGAACUAUCAACGUAGAUGUAGGAGUAUUAAAGACAGUAUUUCAACAUAUUUAGCAGCUCAAUUACUUUUAAAAUGAAAUGUACAACAACGCACAAUAUUUAUUAAUUAGCUUUAUGAAAUAGUAUUUAGCUAGCCGUCAAAAAUCCUAAAUCACCUUCGUUGCAACACUGUUUAUUAAGAGAAGUGCUUGACUUGAAACUCUUGACAUUAAUUGUGGUUGUCCGUCAUCCUCAACAAGGUAGAUAACAAUUUGCCUUCCCUGUCUCUCUUAAGAGAUAAAACAUUAGUUUUUUUAAUACUGUAUAUGAAAAAUAUUGAGAGAAUGCCAUUUAUACUCUGAUAAGUACUGUACCAUACUUAGGCUACUUAAUUACCAGAAUGCAAAUGGAUUUUUUAAAAUAUGCCUCAUAUAUUAUAAAAUUCAUUAUUUAAUGUCUCUAGUGGAGAUUGAAAAACAGCAAGGCAAAUUGAUCUCUGCCCUGUUUAGGAUGAAAGUGAGGAGAGGUUUGGCUUACUCUAUCUUAUGCAUCAUGUAUGUGAACUUACACAAUGCCCCCCUUGGAUAUCUACAGCACUUUCACUGUAAUAAUAGAUUGCUAAUAAUGAACAAAAUAUUAUGAACUAAUGCUUAUUUUAGCAAUUAAGCUUAAUAAUAUGAUGACUGGUUAAAAUCAAGUUCCGGUUAGUGCUCCUUGACCCAACAGUUCCCUGCCCAUUGCUACAGAGCAUAUUUUAAAGUCCUGACCUCAAAAUAACAGUUGCACUAAAUAACGAAGGUAUGAAUAUUGGUCUCUAAAUGUUGCAGAAAUCUAGCACUGGUCAUUCAGGCUCAGUGCCAUGAACAUUACCAUAAAGAAACAAUAAGGCUCCAAUUUCAAAAUGCCUCUCCUUUAUGCACUUAAUUUAGGUCAUGUUAUAUCAGUACAUCUCACACAAUGUGCUCAACUUGUAUAACUUGCACAUUAAAAUGACAAAGAUUUAUGGGCUAUUCAUGCCCGUGCCACCUCUUAUGUGGCUUAAUCUUCAUCAAUCAACACAAAGAUGCACCUUCGUGGUCCAGUCCAGAAAACAUUUAGUUGUCAAGUACCAAAUUUUCUGAUAUGAGUAUUUUAACCCUUGGGCAGUGGCUAUAGAAAAUUGGUCAUUCUUGCCUAUGCACAAAAAAUUAAAAAAUGUCAAUAAAGUAUUUUUCAUUAUAGAAUUAUUAAUUUGUAUGCAAAAUGUAAGAAAAACAUGGAAAAAGUGAAUAUUUAAAUUUUUACUGGGUGGAAGUGCUCUGAAUGAUUGUGCAGUUCCUGUGGUCUGACGUCUCAUCACAUGAUGCCCGACUUUGCUGACACUGAGGUAUGCGAGACACAAGGCCCGUGUUCUCCUCGAAUGUUGCACUGAUUGUUUAUCACUUGCUUUUCUUUAUUCACAAAAUUAUAAAAGUUGAAUAAUUUGAUAAAUCACAUAAUGCUUGAUAAUGUUUCAACUGAUGAUUGGUUUACCUGGUAUACUUCAUUAUAACUAUAUAGAGUAACAAAAAGCAUAUAAACAUAAUAUACAGAGUGUUGGGCUCUGGGACAUGACAUAUUACCUAAUUGGCACUAUAUGGGCGAGCGUAAUUGAAACAAAGGCAUAAGCCACCAGUGUGCCACCCAAAGUUGACAGCAGAUUGACAGUAUGCCACCCACAGGUGACAAUAGACUGCUAGUAUGCCACCCACAGGUGACAACAGACUGCUAGUACUGUAGAUGUAAAGCAUGAUAAUGGUUCACUGGAUGACUUAGUUUACCUGGUAUACCUCAUUACAACCACACAGAGUUGUGAAAACCAUAUGAACAUCAUUGGUUUACAUAUGCUGUAAUUAUGAUGGAAUUUUAUACAAUAACUGCAUUCACCUAGAAACAUUCAAAUUCAAAUGUUUAUUUAGGUAAAGUACAUACAUACAAGGUGUGAUACAAAUAUUGAUGAAUUUAUAGAUAGAGCUAGUACACACAAUGCUUAAAGCCACUAUUAC